AACUGACUCGACGGAAUAUAGAAGUGCGUAUUAAAUCACGCAGUGCGCGAUAUGUGGACGCCAGUGAUAUCUGUGGUGUGGGCCAUCAUGUAUAUGAUGCAGCGGAAAAUAAUGUCGGGAAAUCUGAGCCAGGAGAUGGCGAGGAAUUUGAAGGGUGAGUCUAGCAACUUUGUCGACUAUGAGGAAGUUCCUGUAACUAUGGGCUUCACACAUCGUCCAGCCCGAAAGAAUGCAGAAGCUCACCGAGCUCUGGAGCUCCUUGAAGAUUACCAUGCUAAGCUGACAAGACCACAAGACAAGCAGCUGCGAUUAGCCAUCGAGCGCGUUAUACGUAUCUUCAAGAGCAGACUCUUCCAGGCGCUGCUGGGUAAGUAAAUGAUUAUACCUUUGUUUCUUCAAUGGAAAAAAACGACAAUUCGAAGUUAUUCCGUAAACUUCUCAUGGGAUGACAAUUAAAAUUACAUUCAUACCGG